GUUGCUGAGCGCACUGGUUUCCCAACCAUCGCUGAGAUCGAAGCGGCAACUGACAUUCUCAGCAUACUUGACAAUUCAGCCAAAGUUGUUCGGGUGUAGGAGCAUUUUGCGGUCAAAUUCGGCAAUGGCAUUCUACUUUCAGCGGCUAAAAACAUGAGGUUCCUUGCGGCCAACAGUAAAGUGCUGGUACCUAAGGUCUACCCAGCGUUUGUUGAUCUGGAGAGCAAUCGGACUUUUAUCAUUAUGGAGUACACCCAUGCCAUCAUCUGCAAGCUCGUUAAGGAUUCAAUAAUUGACCUCCAAAAUAUGCCAACCCCAGGUUACCUGGGGACCUUGAAAUGCCAGCUUUACCAUGACGGUGUCUUCUGGACGACAGAUUAUAAACCGUUGAUCUCCGGCCCUUUUGCAAGCCAGGAGGAAAUGAAUCGUGGAAUUACAGAAAGGCCACGCCAGACAGAAACAUCUCACAGCACACUCCACGACCACCGAGCUGUUUUCACCUAUGGGGAUCUGCAACUGAAGAAUAUUAUGGUCGAAGAAGUUGAAUCUCGGGAGGGUGGAAGCCCCGAUUUUAGGCCCGACUGGCUUGAACUCAUUCCAGACAUUGUAGACGAGUAUCCUACGGAAUACCUCGUGAUGCAAGUUAUUUAUGGCAUUAUAUAA